AUGCCACGUGCUCCUCAACCGCACCUUGUACGCGCACAUGUGACAGUCAUAACACAACAAAACUCGAAUGAUAAGCCACUGGCUGGGGUCGCUAUGCCACAUGCUCCUCAACCGCACCUUGUACACGCACAUGUGACAGUCAUAACACAACGUAACUCGAAUGAUAAGCCACUGGCUGGGGUCGCUAUGCCACAUGCUACUCAACCGCACCUUGUACGCGCACAUGUGACAGUCAUAACACAACAAAACUCGAAUGAUAAGCCACUGGCUGGGGUCGCUAUGCCACAUGCUCCUCAACCGCACCUUGUACGCGCACAUGUGACAGUCAUAACACAACGUAACUCGAAUGAUAAGCCACUGGCUGGGGUCGCUAUGCCACAUGCUCCUCAACCGCACCUUGUACACGCACAUGUGACAGUCAUAACACAACGUAACUCGAAUGAUAAGCCACUGGCUGGGGUCGCUAUGCCACAUGCUACUCAACCGCACCUUGUACGCGCACAUGUGACAGUCAUAACACAACGUAACUCGAAUGAUAAGCCACUGGCUGGGGUCGCUAUGCCACAUGCUACUUAA